GUGUGUGAAUAUAAAAUGUGUGUGAAUUGAUGGCGAAUCACCAGAAAUCAGCAGCUUGUGAAACUUCAACACUGUUUGGACUCUUGUUCAUCUGGUUUCUUGUAAAGUUCAUUGUUUUAAUACUUUAUAAAAUGUCUCGAGUGUUUUUAGCGCUACUGAUAGUGUGUGUGUUCAGUGUGUGUGUACGUGUGAGCACAAUCCAGGUGGAAUUAGCGAGAGAUUUCGGAGUGAAACUGUGCGGACGCGAAUUCAUCAGAGCUGUUAUAUUCACCUGCGGAGGAUCCCGAUGGAGGAGAGAAACAGACUACAGUCCGUUCACACUGGACUCGUUUCAGAACUCUAUGGGUCCAGACGCUGGUCUGAGCUUGAGUGAAAACACUCAGCAGGUGUCUCUAUCCGAGCUGCUGCAGGUGAUGAGUGCUCAAACACAGACCGAUGGUGAGAGGAGAGAGAUGGCUGAGCUGGAAUCAGCAGAUGGGGUGAGUGGGUGGCUGUCAGCAUUCUUCUCCUCCACACCGUCAGGGAGCACCAGAGCCUCUAGUGUGAACAGAGCCCGCCCGGACCGAAGGAAGAGGAACUUCUCCCUGGGUUUGGCGGGAAUGUGCUGUAAUCAGGGCUGCACUAAAAACGACAUUGGCCGCCUGUGCUGAGUGAUGAUGAUGAUGGUGAUGAUGAAGAUGAUGAUGAAGGACUCGACUAUGUACACUUAAUGAUGGACUGUAUAUAUGGCAUAUAUAAUGUACUUAAAUCCGUACCUAAUGCUUUCAUUUGUAUUUAU